UUCAACUUUUGGCACUAACUUUUGGUUUGAACUAAUUUCUACGAGGAUAUUAAGUUCCAUUUAAUAUGGAUUUUAACAAAGAGAUAGAUAGCGUUCUUGCUGGUUUUGUUGACACCACAAAAUUCUUUAAGGAGCUGGCCGAGGGAGCUCCUAGUGAAUACAGGGAUCGGAUCCAAAAAAGGCUUGAAACUAGCAGCCGAAAACGAGUGGAAUUCGCAGCAUCCUUAAUCGAGAUGAAGAUCGAACACAAGGACUUGUGCGCGUAUCUAGAACAGGAUAAACAGAAUCCCCCCUCCUACGAGGAAUGGAAGAGCGGCUGGCAAAAUCACCAAGAGGCCGUGAUGAAUAAAAGGUCAAAUGUUAGGAACACGACCGAGUUCAAGAACAUUAAGCAUGAAAUCGAGGCGGCGGCCAAACUCAAUAAUCUACAAACGUCCAGCGGGAGUAGUAGGGAUCUGCCAAAGAAUGGAGAUGACGAAGACGACGACAUCCAGAUCCAGGGUAACAGCGAUGAUGUAUUCUCCAUAUACGACCCAUGGACGAAGGAGGUAAUGCUUCAUCCCGUCCGUAAUACGAAGUGUGGUCAUGUCUACGACCGGGACUCUGUCAUGAGAAUUAUUAAGGAAAAAAUUAGCACUAGAUGUCCGGUUUUGGGUUGCGGAAGCAAGAGCUAUUUGCACCCGAACAUGCUGGUCGAGGACGAGGAGAUUCGUCAGAGGGUGCUCCGUCAGUUAGAGGAGGAUGAUCAUGGGGAUCAAGAGAAUGAAGUGGACGCUUUUGAUGAUACGCAGAUAAGCGAAGAAGAAGAAUAAUUUUGUAGAGCCAAACAAUAUCUGUAAGAACCCAUCUAGAGAUAAACAAUACAUAA